AUGUCAAUCCCAGCAGCCCCCCCGGAGCUCGAACAGUCCGUCCGCCAACUCUCCCUCAGCGACAAUGCCCCCAUCAAAGACAUCCCCCGCCCAAUAGUGAAAACACCCUCCGCCAAGAAGAAGCCCCCCAUCGUCGCAGACUCCUGGGAAGACGAAGCAGACUCCGACCCCUCCCUGUCCGAGAUCGAGCAGAGCUGCCCAUCGUCCGCAGCUACACCCGACCCCUCAACCCUCUCGCCCUCCGUCAGCGUCAGCGCAGAGGGGCCGCUCGAUCCGCCCCCGACGCCCAUCUCGCCGCAGACGUCCCAGCCUUGGGUGUCGAGCGCGCCCUUGCCGGGGCGUGGGUUGAGCUCGUCUCCGUCGCGAGGGUCAGGGUCUAGGUCUCCGGUGCGGAGGCCGGAGAAGCAGACUGCUGUUGCGGGGAGGCUGAUUGCGGGUGCGUUGGGGAUCCGGGCGCCGAAGAGGACGGAGGAGCAGCGGGCGUAUGAUCGCGCAGUGAAGGAGCAGGAGAUCCGGCGGAGGAAUCGGGAAAGGGAGGAGGAGGCGAAGAGAAAAGAGGCGGAGGAGAGGGCGAAGGCUGCUAUUUGGGAUGAAUGA